UAAAAUGGUUGAUAUAUUAAUAAGUGUCAUAACAGUAGACACAUUUAUUAACACGCAGUAAACCAAAAAAAUGUCUGACAAAAUCGUGAAUUUAGAAGAAAUGGAAAAACUAGCAGACGAUACUGAUACAUUAAUUAUUGAUGUGAGAGAACCAGAUGAAGUUAAAUCAACAGCUUUGAUUGGAAAAAGUGUAAACAUACCAUGUACGUAUGUAUAUAAAGCUUUUACUUUUUACUUCUUAGACCUUUUUAUAUGUUUUUCGUGACAAUUUGUUUUGAUUUCAAGUUUCUUUUCUAUGAAAAAUCAGUUCAAAAUAACAACAAAUAACAAAAUUAUCCUCAAAUUUUCAUAGAAAAAGAGACGCUAAAAUCAUGAAAAAAUGAUCACGUAUGUAUGUGAAAAAAAUAAGUUGUAAUAAUAAACAUAAUAGGCGUUUAUAGCCUGAAUUCAGAUUCCUACAUUACAUUUUUAUUUGAAUUUACUCAACGAGAAUAUUCAAUGGAGGGAUAGUUGACAUCUAACAUUUAUCUUCUUUUUUUAAAACACCGGGACAAAGUUUUAAUACAAUUCUGAUUCUUGUAGUUAAAUAAUAUUCAAUAAUAGAGUUUCGAAUCAACGGUUCAUAAAAAAAGAUAAUCAUAUGUAAAUAUAACAUUUUAAGAAUAAAAAUAAAUUAUUGAAAAAAAUCAUAAAUACUGGCUGUAUACUCUAUGCAUACGUAGAUACAACUAUCAUAUUGUUGACCUACUUAACUUAAAUUUCUGAGUUAUAUGAAAAUUAAAUAAAUUCCUUUUGACAUGUUGAGUUUGAUUAGUAAAAGAAUCAAUAUUUCGAGCGUUAGAAACCUAGCUAUGGCAACUGUAGACAAAAUUGUUCAUAUGGAAGAAAUGGAAAAACUGGCCAAUGAUAAAAACGUACUAAUUAUAGAUGUUAGAGAACAAAACGAAGUAAAAUCUACCGGAAUCAUUGGAUCUAGUGUUAAUAUUCCUUUAAAUAACCUUCAACACGCACUUAAAGAUGCUCCAAAAGAGGAAUUUAGUAAAUUAUACGGUCGUUCUAAACCCGUUUCAAACAGUCCAAUGAUAUUUUACUGCUUAAAAGGCCGUCGAGCCUUACAAGCACUUGAAUUAGCAGAAUCCUUAGGAUUUAAGAACGGAAGAUAUUAUAAAGGAAGUUGGGCAGAAUGGUCCAGCAAACACCAUUAACUUUUCUGUACACAAAAAUUGACCGACGAUUAAGGAAAUUGUAUACAAAUAGUGAAUUUUUAUAAAUACGUAGCAAUUAUUAAUGUAAUUUAUACAAAGUAUUAGUUUAUUGUGAUUAAUUUCAAAAAAGACAAUUAAAGAAUUGUUAUUACAAAUAAAA